UGAGACAACUUCACGGUCAUCUCAGAUGCUGUUGCCUGAAUGGACUUCAUAGCAAACCUGAAUAACCAGGACAGAUUUAGUAUCUACAUACUUUCUGUCAUUUUCAUCUAGCCCACGCUGCAGGUUUUUCAAGUACCUGCAUGAGCGUGCACACACACGCGUAAAGAAACGUGCUAUCCAAGGCGUGAAUAAGCACAACUAUUUAAACAGCCCUUCCUCCAAGAACAGAGCUUCUUCAGAUUGAGUGUGCCGCCAGUACUGCCAUUGGCCACGGGGACCAUGUCCACAGAGGAAGUGAACGGCCUCACGCAGGACCAGGUGGAGACCCUGGAGUCAAACUUCAACAAAGGGAAGUACCCCGACCCUACGACGCUGCUCCUCAUCGCUGCCGAGGUUGGCCUCACCGAGGAACAGACAGAGAAAUGGUUCAAGCAGCGCCUGGCUCAGUGGCGGCAAUCUGAAGGGCUCCCCUCCAAAUGUGGCUCUGUCAGAGACUAAGGAAGAUGAGUAGGAGGCCGCCACCUUCUCCAUCCACACCAUGAAGACUGUCCGUUAUUCCUCUCCUGGCUUUUGUCGAGUUAUUUUUGUUUUGCAGUAUAGUUUUAUAUUCAAACGUUAGCCAUUCUGCUAUUUAACGUGACGUUUUAUUUUUUAAAUGUACAUAAUCAGACUAGAACAGAAGUCAUAUGACUUCUCUGCACAACGUAAAUCUAACAGAUGGCUUAGCUGCGAAAGUAAUACCAUAGGUGGGCUAGUAUUCCAUCAGUCAUGAACAAAUCAUUCUAACAGUGUGUCACUGCUUGCAGGUUCCUUUUUACUCAUACCUCAUGACAGCAGUGGCCUCCUACCAUUGCCUCUGUCGAAAGGAAAGAGCUGAGGAGGUUUCCAAGCUUUCCAAAUCUGCUUUCCAAAUUAAUUUUCCUUAUGUCCAGUUCAACGAAGUGGAUACAGUUAAAUAUUCUCAAGGCACUGAGAUUAUGAAGCAGCUUUCGGAACACUGGCUGCAUUAACUUGGACAAAGCCCAGUUAGGUGGGAAGAGUCCAGAAAGCCCUUUGCAGUCCAAAAAACAACUAAAAGGAAAAUGAGAGUAGUCCGGAAUUAAUUUUAUUUAAAUGCAUGGAUUAGAUUUUAUUUAGCUAAGUAAAAUAAACUUAUUUUUUCCUGAAAUGAAAUUCUUAAUAAAAUCAUAACUU